AUGUAUGCCUCUUCUGUGCCUGCGCCAUUGAAUUCCAGAUAUAGUUAUCAUGCUAUAUUUAGCGAUAUUUGCAAGACGAGGUUUAACCAUCUAGCAGUAAGGUUGUUGUUGACGUUGACUAUUAUAGUGGGUACAAUUCUCACGGUUUUAUCGAGAUGGGAGACCACUGCAUGGGAGAGAUUUCUGCUAAUUCCGAUAAAAACUGUGCUAUUGUAUGUUGCGCUAUUGUUGGUGAUCAUUACAAGAAAAAACUACCUGCAUGUUCAAUUUUUGGGGUAUACGAAUAUGAUUUCCUUUAUUUAUGGUGAAUUUUGUUCCGCUAAGUUCCUGCUUCACUUGGUUACGUAUAUUGCAAGUGGUAUGCUAAUAUCUUGGACUCUCAAUGGGGUAGUAUACGAUACGUGGUAUUAUGUUUCUCCGGUGUAUCAACGAUUGAAUGUGUGGUUUUUGAAUCCGGUUUUUUUUGCCGUGCAGCAGCUUAGUUUUGAUCUAGGAAGGUUGAGCUUCACUUAUGGGUACAAGCAUCAAAGCCAUCAAUCUUUUAUCUCUUCCAGACUCUAUGAUUCUUUUAUCAAAUGUGGAAUUUUGACAAUUAUUGUAUUUGUUGUUCAGCCGUUUUGUUAUUUUGCAUUAACAUCGCGGUUGUCUGCUGGUUUUUUGGCACAUUUACAAUGUUCCUUGAUUUCAUUUAUUACCUUCCAGUUAUGGGAUUUGACAAACAUUGCGUUUAAUGCUUAUUUGUCAAUAGGCUGUUUACACAAGGGUAAGCCUAUUUCUUCUUUAUCAUCAACCCCUAUGGAAACGUUAGUCACUGGUUUGAGUUCAAAAAGGUUGUUUACAAGAUUGACUGCAUUUCAAGAGUUGUCUUAUAGAGCUACGUCUCCCGAUGUACAGCUGAGGAUUCCAAUAUAUCAUACUCGCUAUGGGAAUUCCCACAUAUGGUCAAAUAUACUAAGGGAAUGCUUACUUACAAUCCAGGAGUCGAAUACCAGCAUUACUACAUUUUUAAAAACUUUAGAAGCACACUCAAAGGAAAAUUCUUCUCAAUCCAAGCAAAGAUUAUUAUCCCCUCUAUCUCAGGAUGACAUUCUAUUUGGUAAUAGACCGGCAGCUACAACUCUUUCGGGGUCACAGAUGCACACCGCCGGUUCUGCGCCAAUAUCGGCGGAUGAAUUUUCUCGUCGGAUUAAUUUGGACAACAAUAAUUUAUAUUUGAAUCGCCAUAGUGCGCUACAGUUCAAUCACCCUUCUCAAUCAUAUAAUCCACCAAUAUUUACACAACAAACUAACUUGUUGAAUAUAGUCCAGGAUGUUGUUAGCUAUUUUGCGAAAAUGGUGAGUUCCUUCUUCUUCCCAUCCCAGACAGACUCAUCUAACGCAAUUAGACCUUUGUCGUUCUUUGAACUAUGGACGAUAUCAAGAAAAAGACAAGCAGAAAAAUUAAUUCCUUUACCUAGCUGUUAUGCAGAAUGUGUCAUUGCUCUUAUGGGGAUGUUGAUAAAUUCCUUAGAUGAAGACCCAAAGGGUAGUGUGGUAUCCUCCGUUGGAGAAGUAUUAAAAAUUUUAGAGAGGUGUGUGGGAUCUUUAGGCGCCUUUGUGGAAUGGGAAGCUCCAGAACGACAUGUGAGCUCGGACGCCAUAUCGAUACUAUACGAUUUGGCAAUAAAUGCCUUUUUAGAAAUCGUCUUAAAGUACAACGAGUUGUUAAACGAUGUUUACUUAGAUGAUGAUGUCGUUAAAUUAAGUCAGUGGGUGCUGCAAAUCUUUAAUGAAUAA